UUUAGACUUGGGUCUCUGAAGCUACAGAAAGUUUCAAGUCCGGAGGAGGUGAUUAAGGAGCUGAUUGGUUACUGUCUGGACUGCCUGGGGAGACUGCAGGUGAGAAACGAGCAUCUACAAAAAGAAAAUGAAAGACUUUUCAGCAACUGGAGCGACGUGGAGAAACGGCUGGAAAAAUGUGUGGAAGCUAAAGAAGAACUAGAGGCAGAUCUUUAUAAUCGGUUUAUUUUGGUGCUGAAUGAAAAGAAGGCAAAGAUAAGAAACUUACAGAAGUUGUUGAAUGAAGCUAAAGAAUCUGCAGCAGAUGCCAAAAGUACAAGGGACAGUAUAGCUACCACUCAGCUGGCUACAGGAAGAGAAGAUGACUAUGAUGGCAGCACUGAUGAGGAAAGUGAAAAUUUAACACGGGUCUCAUUGCCAUCAGCAUCAGAACGAAGAGAUUCCCUUCUGGGUAGCCCUGAUGUCAUUGAUACUGCUCUGAGAAGAAAACGAAGACAAAGGACAGCAAAGUCUGCUGGGACAGCAGCUAAGAUAGCUACUUAUGAGACAGAACUGCCAGCCAAGGAAAAGCCAGUUACAAAUGAAAAGUCAAGAGCGUAA